AUGUCAUCGUCAUGUUACGUUCUAUACGAUGCCAAGCGCACGACUAUGAACGUUUAUUUAGCCGCGGAUAAGAGAACAGAAAAAGAACAUUUAAAUUGGACUUUGUUUUCAAAAUGGACAUGUUUUAAUGUUAAGACCGUUUGCGGCUUGUUAGGUGUGGCCUUAAAACCCAUUCAAGAAUGA